AUGCCUCCGCGCAAAAGCGACGCGAGCCGCAGGAGCGACGUAUCCAACGCACGCUUCAUCGUCAUGGACGAAGACCCGGCCGCCGCCGCCGCCGCCGCCACGCCGGCCUCCGCGACCAAAACCGGCGCCCACGUAGCGGCCGGCACUCCGUCGUCGGCCGCAAAGGUAAAGACAAAGGCAAAGGCAUCGGCAUCUGCGUCCGCCUCUGCCACGCCAUCCAGCGUGCCUCUCGCCGCCUCCGCCGUCACGCCCGGUGCAGCCGGUGCCGCGAUGCGGCCGGCAUCAUCGACGACGCCGCUGACCACCACGACGACGGUGCCGCACGCGGGCUCGGAGAAGAAGGAGAGCCAGACUCACGACAAGAUGGCCAAGGCCGAUAGGGAUGCUCUCACCAUCGAGGACCUCAACUUGCCCAAGUCCAUUAUCACCAGGCUAGCAAAGGGCGUGCUCCCGCCCAAUACGCAGAUCCAGGGGAAUGCUGUCCUGGCCAUGAGCAAGAGCGCGACUGUCUUUAUCAACUAUCUCGCCGCGCAUGCCAAUGAAAUCACUGUCAACGCCAAUAAGAAAACCGUCAGUGCCGAAGAUGUCUUCAAGGCCCUUGACGACAUUGAGUACGGUUUCCUGCGUGAGCCCUUGGAGCAGGAAUUUGCCAAAUACAACCAAAUCCAGUCGGCGAAACGCAACAGCUACCGUCAAAAGGUAGCCGCCAAGAAGGGCGGAAGCGCGGCGGCGGGCGCGGCAGUCGGGGUGACGGCCGCGGCCACGGCAGCAGAUGCAUCCCUCCUCUCAAAUGCCGACGAUAGCGUCAUGACGACAGCAUCUUCCGACACAGCUCCACGGGCCAAGAAGGCCCGUGUAGAUGAUUCAGCCAUGACCGCCGACGAGGAUGUUGAAGACGCCGAGACAGAGCCUGAGGAGGAAGCCGAAGAGGAUCAGGAGGAUGACGAAGAGGAGGCUGACGAAGACGACGACGACGACAACGACGAGGAGGAGGAGGAGGAGGAAGGGGAGGGCAGCGGCGACGAGACACAAGACGCGCUGGAGGAGAAGGGCGAGGGCAGCGAUGUUGAUGAGGCACUUGAUGGAGAUGAGAGCGACUAA